UCUGCUCUGCUCCGGCUGCGGCUCCGGCUCCGGCUCCGCGGCGACGGCGGCGGCGCUUCCUCCUGGCGGCCCGGGCCCCGCGCGAGCGGCGCGCCAUGUGGCUGGGCCCCGAGGAGGUGCUGGCGGCCCACGCGCUGUGGGUGACCGAGCGCGCCAACCCCUUCUUCGUGCUGCAGCGGCGCCGCGGCCACGGCAAGGGCGGCGGCCUCACGGGCCUCCUGGUCGGCACCCUGGACGUGGUCCUGGACUCCAGCGCCCGUGUCGCCCCGUACCGCAUCCUGCACCAGACCCAGAAUGCGCAGGCCUACUGGACCGUGGCGUGCGGUUCUUCCCGCAAAGAGAUCACAAAGCACUGGGAAUGGCUGGAGAAUAACUUGCUGCAGACGCUCUCCAUCUUUGACAAUGAGGAAGACAUCACCACCUUCAUCAAGGGCAAAAUACAUGGCAUCAUCGCAGAGGAGAACAAGAACAGGCAGCCGCAGGGCGAGGAUGACCCGGGGAAGUUCAAGGAGGCCGAGCUGAAGAUGCGGAAGCAGUUCGGGAUGCCCGGCGGGGAGAAGCUGGUCAACUACUACUCCUGCAGCUACUGGAAGGGCCGCGUGCCCCGGCAGGGCUGGCUCUACCUGACGGUCAACCACCUGUGCUUCUACUCCUUCCUGCUGGGCAGGGAAGUCAGCCUGGUGGUGCAGUGGGUGGAUGUCACGCGGCUGGAGAAGAACGCCACGCUGCUCUUCCCCGAGAGCAUCCGCGUGGCCACCCGGGACCAGGAGCUCUUCUUCUCCAUGUUCCUCAGCAUCGGCGAGACCUUCAGGCUCAUGGAGCAGCUGGCCAACCGCGCCGUGCGGCAGCUGCUGGACAGCGAGGGCUUCCCGGAGGCGGCGGCCCCGCCCAGGCCCGGCCGGCCACACAGGAGCAUCUCCGCUCUGAAGCGAGACCUGGACGCCCGGGCCAAGAAUGAGUGCUACCAGGCCACCUUCCGGCUGCCUCGGGAUGAGCUCCUGGACGGCCACACGGGCUGCACCCUGUGGACGCCGUUCAACAAGCUGCACAUCCCUGGGCAGAUGUUUCUCUCCAACAACUACAUCUGCUUCGCCAGCAAGGAGGAGGAUGCGUGCCACCUCAUCAUUCCCCUGAGAGAGGUGACCAUCGUCGAAAAAGCCGACAGCUCCAGUGUCCUGCCCAGCCCUCUGUCCAUCAGCACCAAGAGUAAAAUGACCUUCCUGUUUGCCAACCUCAGAGACCGCGAUUUCUUGGUUCAGAGGAUCUCCGACUUCCUCCAGAAAACGCCGUCCAAGCAGCCCAGUGGCUGCAUCGGGGAGAGGAAACCCAGCGCGGCGGACCCAGCUCCAGAGUCUCCCUCAGCUCCUCAGGAGGUAUGGGAACAGCCCACCAGCCCGAUCGCCACCCUCAGUGGCCACCACAGCUUCUGUGCACAGGAGGCACCCACUGCUUCCCAGGGGCUGCUCAAACUCUUCCAGAGAAACACGUCCAUGGAGGUUCUCGGAGCCAAGGGGGCCAAGGAGAAGAUGAAAGAGGAGUCGUGGAACAUCCACUUUUUCGAGUAUGGGCGAGGCAUGUGCAUGUACCGCACGGCUAAAACGCGCGAGCUGGUGCUCAAGGGCAUCCCGGAGAGCCUCCGAGGAGAGCUGUGGCUGCUGUUCUCUGGGGCCUGGAACGAGAUGGUGACUCACCCUGGCUACUACGCUGAGCUAGUGGAGAAAUCCAGGGGGAAGUACAGCCUGGCCACAGAGGAGAUCGAGCGGGACCUGCACCGCUCCAUGCCCGAGCACCCUGCGUUCCAGAACGAGCUCGGCAUCGCUGCUCUUCGGCGGGUGUUGACUGCCUACGCUUUCCGGAACCCCACCAUCGGCUACUGCCAGGCAAUGAACAUUGUGACGUCUGUGCUGCUUCUCUACGGCAGCGAGGAGGAGGCCUUCUGGCUCCUGGUGGCCCUCUGCGAGCGGAUGCUGCCUGACUACUACAACACCAGGGUGGUGGGUGCCCUGGUGGACCAAGGCAUCUUCGAAGAGCUCACGCGGGACUUCCUGCCCCAGCUCUCGGAGAAGAUGCAGGCCCUGGGUGUGAUCUCCAGCAUCUCGCUCUCCUGGUUCCUGACCCUCUUUCUCAGCGUCAUGCCCUUCGAGAGUGCCGUGGUCAUCGUCGACUGCUUCUUCUAUGAGGGCAUCAAGGUCGUCUUGCAGGUGGCCUUGGCCAUCCUGGACGCCAACAUGGAGCAGCUGCUGGGCUGCAGCGAUGAGGGCGAGGCCAUGACCAUCCUGGGCAGAUACCUGGACAAUGUGGUCAAUAAGCAGAGUGUUUCUCCCCCCAUCCCACACCUCCAUGCCUUGCUGACCAGUGGAGAUGACCCCCCUGCCGAGGUGGACGUCUUUGAACUCCUGAAGGUGUCCUAUGAGAAAUUCAGCAGUCUGAGGGCCGACGAUCUUGAGCAGAUGCGGUUUAAACAGAGGCUGAAAGUGAUCCAGUCCUUGGAGGACACGGCCAAGCGGAGUGUGGUCCGCGCGAUUCCCGGGGACGUCGGCUUCUCACUCGAAGAGCUGGAGGACCUUUACGUGCUGUUCAAGGCCAAGCACCUGGCGAGUCAGUACUGGGGAAGCAGCCGUGUGGCAGCCGGCCGCCGGGACCCCAGCCUGCCCUACCUCGAGCAGUACCGGAUCGAUGCCAGCCAGUUCCGGGACCUCUUUGCCAGCCUGGCGCCCUGGGCCUGUGGCUCGCACACGCCCGUGCUGGCCGGGCGCAUGUUCCGGCUCCUGGAUGAGAACAGGGACUCCCUCAUCAACUUCAAGGAGUUCGUGCUGGGGAUGAGCGGGAUGUACCAUGGGGACCUGACGGAGAAGCUCAAGGUGCUGUACAAGCUGCACCUGCCCCCAGCUCUGCGCUCAGAGGAGGCCGAGUCGGCGCAGGAGGCGACCUGUUACUUCACCGAGGACAGCUCCUCGGAAGCUUCUCCUCUGGCCUCAGAUCUGGAUCUUUUCCUGCCCUGGGAGGCUCAAGAAACGCCACAGCCAGAAGAGCAAGAGGAAACUGGGAAUGGAGGUGUCCAGGAUAAGAGAGCAGAGGAGAGGGGGACCAGCCCCCCCGACUAUCGGCACUACCUGCGGCUGUGGGCCAAGGAGAAGGAGGCUCAGAAGGAGACGAUCAAGGACCUUCCCAAGAUGAACCAGGAGCAGUUCAUUGAGCUGUGCAAGACGCUUUACAACAUGUUCAGCGAGGACGCCAUGGAGCAGGACCUGUACCACGCCAUCGCCACGGUGGCCAGUCUGCUCCUGCGCAUCGGAGAGGUCGGAAAGAAGUUCUCGGCCCGGGCGGGCAGGAGGCCCAGGGACGGCGCGGGCAGCGGGGAGCACGACGGAGCUCCUGACGGGGAGAAGCCCCCCGUGCCAGAACCCCACCAGGAGCCAGACCGGGAGCUGCAGCCGCUGGCCGCCGGGGACCCGCAGGCCAAAGCCGGUGGAGACACCCACCUGGGGAAGGUGCCGCAGGAGAGCCAGGUGGUGGGCGAAGGGGGCCGCGGCGAGGGGCAGGGCUCCCCGUCCCAGUUCCUGUCGGACGACGAAACCAAAGACGACCUGUCCAUGUCCUCCUACUCGGUGGUCAGCACCGGCUCGCUGCAGUGUGAGGACCUCGCGGACGACACGGUGCUGGUGGGCGGGGAGGCCGCCGCCCGCUGUGGGGGUGCCGUGGACACCGACUGGUGCAUCUCCUUCGAGCAGAUCCUGGCCUCCGUCCUGACUGAGUCCGUGCUUGUGAACUUCUUCGAGAAGAGGGUGGACAUGGGACUCAAGGCCAAGGACCAAAACAAAGUGGAGAGACAGCUCAGCACCUCCAGUGACCACGAGCCAUCGGGGGUUUCCGGCUGAGCUCUGCCACCCAGGGGCUUGGGGCCGAGGGGCGGCAGUGGGGGCUGGCCUCGUCACCGGCCCCCUCCCUGUUUUCUCCGGAAAGAUGCACUUCUCGGGUUCUCCCCAGGCAGUGAGUCGUUAGUGGGAAGAAGGCGAAGGCUGAGGCAGGGGCAGUUGCCUUACACAGACGCCCUGGUCCCCGGUGGGACAGGCAGCCGCUCCUGGUAUGGAGAGACCACUCUCCCGCCCUCCCGGCUUCCUCUCUGCCCGGCGGGGACCCCGUCUUGAGCCCGGGCUGCCCCGUGUAGCGUUGGAGGUGCUCUCUGUGCCCUGUGCCCUCGCGAGCAGCAGGGCCGUGCUGCGGCCAGGCCACCCCUUCCCUCCACUCGCUGGUCUCCUGCCGACGCGUGGCCUGGGGUUCUUUCCUGCCUCUUGGACCAGGUGAGGGGCUCGUGUGCUUGUCAGGCACCAAAGUUGGUAAAACCUGGGUGCUUUCCCGGAGCGCCUGGGCCAGAGGCUCCAGAGGGGCGGAGAGGACUGAGGAGCACGGGGUGGAGAGUGCGGAGUAGCCGUGGCUGGGGCCCCCGUGUUACUUUAAAUGCUCUAGCAGCUCAUCCUCCUCACCAUUAACUUUAAAAGCACACCGCUCGGGUCCUGAUAUGUUUCCUUGUAUUCGUUUCAGUUGGCUAAAAGUCAGUCUAUGCUCAAUGCCUUAAUAAAUCCCUGAAAGAAGUGAGAACCCGCCAUGUGCAGAGCUUUAGUUAGCCCCUUCGCCACUGCUUGGGCCUCCUGGCUUCUCUCCUGGGCCCACGGCACGUUCAGAAGGUUCAGAAAUACUUAGGCCCCUUCUGCCACGCACCUUCCUAGAGAAAGGCGGGGAGCGUCCAGGGUGAAGGCCCCAGCAAGGGUGGGGUGCGGGGCACCCCCAAGCCCCACAGGUCUGAGUGCCGGGGAGGCGGUUCUGGGUGGGUCUGGGCCGACGAGGUGUCCCCUGGGACUGGCUACAGUGAGCCGCUGGCCCUUGUGUUCUAGGAGCAGAUUGUGAGGCCACAGGCCACCAGUGGGGGCCUCCGGGGCUGCGUCAGAGCAGGACUGAGCCGUGAGAACCGGCUGGCUUUCCAGCUGGAGCCCAUGUCCACACAGGGCCACACUUCUGCUAAAAGGUGGCUGUUUUUAUUUUAUUUUAUUUUAUUGUAACUUACCAGCUUUAUUGAGGUAUAAUUUACCUGCUGUCCUAGUCUGCCAGGGCUGCCGUGACAAAUACCACGUUCUGGUUGGGUUAAGCAACACGGAUUUAAAGUCUCAUGGUUUUGGAGGCUGGGAGUCCAAAUCCAAGAUCUCGAUGGUCCAUGCUUUUCCCCGAGUCUGUAGCGUGCAGGUGCUGGCUUGCCACCAUCCUGGGGCUCCUGGCUUGGGUCUCAGCCUCUGUCCCUUGGUGAUCUGCUUCUGACCUCCGGCUGCUACUGACCUGCUGCGUCAGAAUUUCCUCCUUGUAAGAACUCCAGGCCUGUGGAUGGACGCCCACCCUGGUUCAAUUUGGUCUCCUCUGAAUGGGGUCUCUGAAGAUCCUGUUGACAAAGGGUUCCACACCAUUUGCGGAUUAAGACUUGGAUGUGUCUUUUAUGGGGAACCUGAUUCAAUCACCAACACAGACCAUAAAAUUCACUUGUUUUAAGUUAGAAUUCAAUGAUUUUGAGUCAGCUUGCAGAGUUGUGCAACCAUCAUAACAAUCCAAUCUUAGAGCAUUUCCAUCACCCCAGAAAUGCCCAUUUGCAGCCAGUCCCUAUUCCCAUCCCCAGCCCCCAACCACUGAUCAACUUUCCAUCUCUAGAUUUUAUGGUGGCUGCUUUGUGUUUUUUUUAGUAACAAAUUUCUACAUGAUUUUACUUUGUUCACAACUAUUGUCACAUCGUCAAUAAAUGCGAUAAAAUAACAUCAAA